AAGAAAACCGGCCAAUAGGCUUUCUUAGCCCCGCCCUCUACGCAAGAACGGCAGAGCAAGCUAGAUAGAGAGCGCACGAUGAUGGCGAGGGGAGGGCCCGAGCGCUUGCGCAGUAGGGUGGCCGCUCCCGGCCGCGUGCGGCGCGCAGGUCGGCGCAAGCGCGGAGGCUGGGGCAGUUGGCCGCGGCGCCACCGCGCAUGUGUAUCAACCACAAGGGUGGGACCCGGGUAGGAGGCUUUCGAGUAACAGCGCAGGUGAAGUCCCUGAGCUGGCCCGCGCCUCGGGUCCUUUGGGGGCGAUGGUCUCUGUCCAGCCUUAGCUGCGGGAGGGACCGCGGCGUGGCCACUUCGGGAACUUGGUCCCCGGGGCGGUUGAGUGGCAGAGCCCUUCCCGGGGCGCCCCAGCGCGCCCCUCGCCCUCCUCUCGCAGGUGCUUCCCGUAGACGCUGGGGGCGAGCCCGGGGGUUCCUCGCGCAGCCGGGCGUCUUUCCACGCCGGUACCCCGCGCCCUCCUGCGCUUUCUCUCGGCCCAUGACAGGCACCACACCUUCUUGGUGUCCAGAUGGAGCAGCAUGCUAACCACCCGAACGAAAAAGCCAAAGAGGAAAGUAAUGCCAUGCCUCUGUGUCGAGCCAAACCCUCUCCUAGCUUUAUUAAUCUUCAAGCAAGCUCCCCACCGGCCACUUUCCUGAACAUCCAGAGAACAAAGCUUCCCUCAGGAGUUGAACACAAGCCCAAGGAAUGCCUGGGACUCCUAGAAUGUAUGUAUGCCAACCUCCAGCUUCAGACCCAGCUUGCCCAACAACAGAUGGCUAUUUUGGAAAAUUUACAAGCAUCCAUGACACAACUGGCUCCUGGGAGGGGAAGCAAAAAGUCUUCCCUUCCAGUCUUAUCCCGCAAUCUGCUGUUAAAUCACCUGUCCCAGUUCAGUAAAUGA